AUGGCCAGCUCUGCAGCCGCCACGCAGCCCUGCCACCUCGAGCGACUGCCCAACGAGCUCAUCUUCGAGAUCCUCGGCCUCGUCGUCGAAGGAGCCGACCAGGUCCAGCGGCGCAAGGUGCUGCUGCCCCUGUGCCGGCUCUCCAAGCACUUCGGUGGGCUCGCACAGCGCACGCUGUGGCGGCACGUGCGGCUGCACGCUCGUCGCUCCCGCCUCCGCGUCCUCGACGACGACCCGCUCCUCGAGGUCGUGGUCACCAUGACCGAUCUCGCGUGGGCCCCGAGCGUCGUCAAGACACUCGACAUCAAGGACUACGACGGCAAGGAGCCGAACCACCUCGACCUGUUCGCCAUGACGCUGCCCGGCGUCCACCACCUCGACCUCGCCAACCUCGGCGACGUCAACCUCACGCACACGGCCUUCUUCCACGAGCUGCGCCAACUCGCCCUCGACAAGAUGUCGCCGUUCCUGUCGGCGCGUCGAGCGCCUCUCGUUCUCCCCAAGCUGGAGACCCUGUCGAUCCGCAACAUCGACCUCGACACGUACCCCGAGUGUGCCCUGUUCUUUACGUCAGCCACCCUCCCCGCCUUGCGCCACCUGUCGAUCCGGGCCUGCGCCAGCACAAGCCGCCUGGACCCGCAACCGCAGUUCCCCUGCCUCCCGUCCGCCUUCAUCGGGCAGCUCGACGACCUCCAGCUCGACCUCGAGGACCAAGGCGCGCUCAGCGAGGACGACUUCCCGUCGACGGGCGACGUCGCGUGGAACCGCUCGAUCCUGUUCCACAGCGACACUCUCCUUGCCGCCGCCGACCCGCCGCCGGUCACGUCCUUCCUGCCGGUACAGCACCUCCAGAUCGAUCACCAGGGCUGGAUUCGCGAUGGCCCGGCGCGCUUGUCGCGACUCUACUCGCUGCCGGCCCUUCGCCUCGUCCUCGUCCCGACGUGGCCCACGGUCAUGCCGUGCGACCGGGCCGCCUACUACACCAACGUGUGCGUGAACCACUGCGUCAUCGCGCUCAAGCUCCGCGGGAUCGAGCUGCGCCUGUUCGACCCGUCGGCGCCGCUCAAGGACGGUCAACUCGUCGUGCCCGAGUUUGUCGACUACCUGCGCGAGACGGCGGCGGCGGCGGCAGCGCAGUAGCGGGGAGCGAGAGGACUAGCUUGGCCUGGAACGACGUGCGCGCUCUCG